GGAUCACUGCUCUGAGACGCCUCGGCCCCUGUCUCCUCACUGAAGCGGAUGAACCAAAACGCUGCUGUUGGAUGCGGAUAAAGAAUUUCUGAGUGCUGAGAGUUAUGCCAGGCGAAAAGGAAGUAGUUCCCUUUGAGAAAUCUGUAUCAGGCAUGUACCAUGUACGGGGUAGUGUCCUGAUUCUGUAAGAACUUUUCCCUGGAUAAAGACAGGCUUUUGUUCUGAAUUGGUACGUAAACGUGGCGUGAUUUGGAAACUUCCUGUUAAUAGCUGGCGUGCCAGAAAAGGUUAAGGGACCUGCCAAGAUGUUCCAUUUACAAGGCCCACAACUGCUGCAGAUGUUAGAGAAAUCCUUGAGGAAGAGUCUCCCUGAGUCCUUAAAGGUUUACGGGACCGUCUUCCACAUGAACCAGGGAAACCCAUUCAAUCUAAAGGCCCUGGUGGACAAGUGGCCUGAUUUUAAGACAGUGGUUAUCCGCCCUCAGGAGCAGGAGAUGGCAGAUGACUUUGAUCAUUAUACCAACACCUACCAAAUCUAUUCCAAGGAUCUCAACAACUGUCAAGAGUCCCUUACCACAUUAGAUGUCAUCAACUGGAAACAACGUUUGCAGAUCCAAAGUUCACAGUCCAGUCUGAAUGAGGUGAUACAGAGUCUUGCAGCCGCCAAAUUUGCUAAGGUUGAGCACACACAGUGCAUUCUCUAUGUGAUGCCGGAGACAGCGAGGAAACUUCUUCCUUCCCUGCCAGAGACAAAGAACUUACCUGUUGGAUAUGGCCCACCCAAAGCCAUUAACCAGGAGAUGUUUAAGCUUUCAUCCAUGGAUCCUACCCAUGCCGCUUUGGUGAAUAAAUUCUGGCAUUUUGGUGGCAACAAGAGGAGCCAGAGGUUCAUCGAGCGCUGUAUCCAGGCCUUCCCUACCUUCUGCCUGCUGGGGCCUGAGGGGACCCCUGCCUCCUGGUCCCUGAUGGACCAGACGGGAGAGAUUCGGAUGGGGGCCACGGUGCCCAAGUACCGUGGCCACGGGCUCAUCUCCCACAUCCUGGCUGUCCACACCCAGGCUCUGGACCAGCUCGGCAUCCCCGUGUAUAACCACACGGACAAAGCCAACAAAAUCGUGCAGAAAAUCAGUCACAACCUGCAUCACAUCGCCAUCCCCCAUGGGUGGAACCAGUGGAACUGUGAGCCCCUGUAAAGUGGGCCUCCACCCAAGACAGCGCCAGGUGGGAUGGACAUGUGGCCAAAGAGGCAGAGGGCUGGGCGGGAAUGAAGAAUGAAUCCUCAUCAGUGGGGAAGCAGCGUGGGCUGUUUGGGGUGGAAGAGCGGUGAACGGUCAACAGAACCCCAGAGUCCCUGCUCACUGCUCACCCACGGACUUCCCUUUGGGUCCUGCACACCGUCCUGCUUCCUCCACAUUCCAACCCUGGCACCCACCAUGCUAUUCUGUGCUUCUAUGAGUUCAACUUUUUUUCUUUUUAAGACCCCCAUGUAUAAAGAGGGAGGUGAUAUAUGUAUAAAUAUGGCUGAUUUGUGCUAUUGUAUAGCAGAAACCAACACAACUUUGUAAGGCAAUUUUCCUCCAAUUAAGAAAUAAAUUAAAAGAAUAAAGUUAAUGCUUUGAAGAAACAUUAAAAAAAAUGUCUAAGUGAUAUCAUCUGGCAGUA